AUGGAAAGGAGGUUCGUCGCCAACAAGCGCCUUCAUGAUGAAUACGGCAAGUUUAUGCAAGAGCUUGUCGACUUGGGUCAUAUGGAGCCAGCUGGUCCAGCCACUCAAGCUACCUACUACAUGCCGCACCAUGCAGUGGUCAAGGAUACGAGUGCCACUACUAAGCUUAGAGUUGUGUUUAAUGCGUCCAUGAAGACAUCGUCCGGCCAUUCACUGAACGAUGCUCUAAUGGUUGGCCAUCAGCUACAACAAGAUCUUUUCUCAAUUUUGAUUCGCUUUCGCACGCAUCGCUACGGCCUUAUUGCUGACAUCGAGAAAAUUUAUCGGCAGGUCUACGUUCCUGAGCAGGAUAUUUACUACCACCUCGCCGUGAAGUCGCUACACCGCGCAGCAUUGUAUGCAGGCAACGCUUAUCAGAAGGCUGCUGAAGUCGUUACAUCCGACUUCUACAUGGAUGAUUUGCUUACCGGCUCGGAUUCGCUUCAUGAAUUAUCAUCGCUUCAAAGGGAUGUUUCUCUCGUGCUCUCUCAGAGCGGCUUCGAGCUCCGAAAGUGGGCAACGAAUUUUCAACCGUUAAGAGAUCAAAUACCGCAUGUGUCGAAGCAAACAUCUCAUCUGCUGGCUGACGGAAAUGAUAUCCGCGCUCUGGGCUGUAUCUGGCAUACAGACAACGACUCUCCCUCGAUCGCAUUUAAUCUGGACGAGCUGCCGAAAAAGCUAACAAAACGCGUAUUCCUCUCCGACUCGAGUAAAAUAUUUGACCCGCUUGGACUAAUCGCCCCUUGCACAAUCCGCUCCAAAAUAUGGCUACAGAAGGUUUGGCGAUCGAAUGUGGACUGGGACGAGUUGGUACCACCUGGCGUAGCUGCCGAAUGGUCGACUCACAGACAGGAGCUGGCUGCACUUUCGUCGCUUAAACUAAGUCGCUGGAUUUGCACUAGUUCCAUUGCAGAUGCUGAGUUCCACGUCUUCACAGAUGCUUCCGAAACUGCUUAUGCAGCCGCUGUUUUCUGUUGA